GAAGUGCGCCCUGCCUUCCGGGGCCUGGGCGGCAGGCAGCGGGCAGCGACUGGGUCCUUGUGUCCAGGGGCCACCUCCACCUGGGACGGCGUCUCCUGUCUUGCCUUCCCAGCUGCUCAUCCCCAGGCCGCUUCAGAGCCCAGCAGGGGUGGGGGGGGCCUGACAUUGGGCUCUGGAUGGCGCCCCUUCUACCCCCAGCAGCUAGAGGAUUAGAGUGGGAGAUGAAAGGGCAGUGCUUCCAGGUCGGCAGAGCGCGGGUGCCGCCGUGAUUGCAGACGCCUCUGCCUAGUGGUGGCUGUGAUUUGAGAUCCUUGGGCGUCUGGGUGGCUGAUUCUGGGCGCUCAGAUGAAUCGUGCUGGGUGCGGCCCCUCCCAGAGGCUCCGGGCCUUGGCGGCCCUGGCUGGAGCCGCCCUGCUUUCCGCCCUGUGGCUCCUGUGGCUACUCGGGUCAACUCCUGUGGGAGUCCCCGUGCCACCACCCACGCUCGUCAUCCUCGUCUGGCACUGGCCCUUCACCGACCGGCCCCCAGAGCUGCCCAGCAACACCUGCAUCAGCUACGGUGUGGCCCGCUGCCACCUGAGCACCGACCACAGCCUGCUGGCCAGCGCAGAUGCUGUGGUCUUCCACCACCGCGAGCUGCAGACCCAGCGGGCCCGCCUGCCCCUGGCCAGCCGGCCGCGUGGGCAGCCCUGGGUGUGGGCCUCCAUGGAGUCGCCCAGCCACACCCACGGCCUCGGCCGCCUCGGUGGCAUCUUUAACUGGGUGCUGAGCUACCGGCAAGACUCCGAUAUCUUUGUGCCCUACGGCCGGCUGGAGCCUCACGAGGGGCCCGUGCCGCCGCUGCCGGCCAAGAAGAGGGUGGCAGCCUGGGUGGUCAGCAACUUCCAGGAGCGGCAGCGGCGCGUGCAGCUGUACCGGCAGCUGGCGCCCCACCUGCAGGUGGAUGUGUUCGGCCGUGCCAGCCGGAAGCCCCUGUGCGCCAGCUGCCUGCUGCCCGCCGUGGCCCGGUACCUCUUCUAUCUGUCUUUCGAGAACUCGCAGCACCGCGACUACAUCACCGAGAAGUUCUGGCGCAACGCGCUGGCAGCCGGGACCGUUCCUGUGGUGCUGGGGCCCCCGAGGGCCACCUACGAGGCCUUCACACCUGCUGACGCCUUUGUGCAUGUGGACGACUUCGGCACGGCCCAAGAGCUGGCCUCUUUCCUGGUUGGCAUGAACGAGAGCCGCUAUCGGCACUACUUGGCCUGGCGAGCCCGGCUCCGCGUGCGGCUCUUUGAGGACUGGAGGGAGCGCUUCUGUGCCAUCUGCACCCGAUACCCACACCUGCCUCGAGGCCAGGUCUACGAGGACCUCAAGGGCUGGUUCCAAGCCUGAGCUCUGGCCAGAAGAGGGGGACGCAGAGGAGGGUGGCUGUGGGUGGAAGGCUGGGUGUUGAAAUCAAACCACCGGGCAUCCGGCCCCCACGGGCCCCCGUCAGGUUAGUGUAGACACUGGGGUGGGAGGCUGGAAAGCGAGGGUAAGGGGGGAAUGGGCUGGUCCGAGCAGGCUGCUUGGAGAAGGAGGUUGCUGGGCAGUGGAGCAGGCAUUCGGGGGUGAAGGUGAGAGUGGGGAGUUAGUGGGGGUGCCUGUGGCUAGUUGAUCAAAGAUACCGGCUCCCGAGGACCUCCAAGGACCUCCCUCCCCACCUUGAUAAAAUCCCGGGUGGAUCCUUGUCCCAGACGCGGGCCGGGGGAGGCCAGAGGCAGGGCCCUCCUGCAGUCUCUGGGGGAAAAGCUGGGCCCUCAGACCUCCUCUGUCACCGAGCUCUCUUGGCUUGGGCAGCGCUGGUACAUCACGCACACCAUCCACCGUGCUGGAGCCAGGCCCUGGGGACACCGUGACAAGCAGGCCAGGUUGUUGGCCUUCUUGCAGCCUGCAGUCGGCUCUGGGAGGGGCAGCGAUCAAUAAAGAGAGGGAGGACAAGAA